CGUCGCCCUCGUCGCCCAGGUAACCCUGACCCGCAGGUGCCCGCAUGGCCUCCGGCACUGGAGGGAGCUGGGGUCAGGCCCCACCGCAGAGUGCCGCCCCGACGCCCUGGGUGACAGUCCUGCAGCCCGUCGCGUGGGCAGUCCCACAGCCAACCCCACAGCCGGGUGGAUUGAAGGAAGACCUGCUGGAACUGAUGUUGCUGCAGAACGCGCAGAUGCACCAGCUGCUGCUGAGCGGGCUGGUGGCCGCAGCGCUCAACCAAGGACCAGUGUCUCGCCACCCGCAGGUCUACCUGGAAGGUCAACAGGAGGAGGAGGAGGAGGAGAAGGAGGAGGAGAUGCAAGCCCUGGAGGAAGGGCCUUUGGUGAUUCACCACCACUACCUGCCCUGCCCGAUGCCCAUGCUGGGCCCCUCGCUACCCUGGCUGGUCCCUUCUCCUUCCCUCCCCCAACAUCAGCCCCACUUGCAGGACACAGCCAGGAUUCAGCACUGCCCUCCUGCCUCUCGGAAAAGGGGAGGGAGAUCUGUAACCGUGCCCCCACCCCCACCUCCCAGUGCCACAGGCACUGUGGGUGCGGAUGUGCCCCCCGCUUCAGGUAGGGGCAGGGCGGGUGGGCAGUGGGGCCCAGGGCUGGGUCAGGAGGCCAGGAGGGCCAUGUUGGGGGCCGGGGAGCACCUGUCAUCACUGCUGCAGGCCACUGGCCUGUCCCCUUCCCUUUCGCUCCUUGGGGCCCUGUUAGGCAGGCGGGAGCCAAGACACAAGUGCCGUCUCUCCCCAGACUACUAUGACGCAGAGAGCCUACCAUGAGGACAGACACCGGCCCUGGGACCCUGCCAGCUUCAUUGCAGAGCUGGAAAGAGCCCUGGAGCCCCUGAGUGCCCCUCUAGAGCCUACGACUCUGCACCCAUGCCUGGCAGCCCUCCCCAAGCCCCUCCCAACCCCUCAACCACAGCCAGGCUGUCUCCUGUGCGAAUCAAAACCCUCUUCACCACAUGGAGACCUUGAACUGGCCUCAGCUCUGCCCCGGAGCACAGGCCCGUCUAAGCGCAUCCAGAGCUGGGAAGC